CCGACGCGGCCGAUUGACAGAGUUUGAAGCGCAAGGCGGGCCAAUUUGGAAAUCAGUGCGAUCUGUGCCUUUCAGAGCUCCAGGCCGCAUGUCUUGGAUCUCAUUCAACCAAAACUGGGCUGGGGGACCGGUAUUUAAUUCUGGCAGCGAGGGCUGAGCAACAAGUGAAAGAGAGAGAGGGAGCGAGAGGGAGAGAGAGAGAGUGUGGCCGGGUUGGGAGUCGCUUUCCAGAUGCAGGGCUUGCGAGCUGCAGUGCGCAACACGGGGAUCGGGCUGACGGCGUUUUUUGCAGAAAAGGUAGAGUCUGCUGUUGUAAACGACCUCUGAAUUGCGGUGUCUGCUUUGCGACAAAAAUAAAAAACCGUUUUUUUUGGAGGGUCUGCAAAAUGUUUGAAAUUUUUGGUUUUGAUUUAAAACUGUUUUGCGGAGUUUGCGCACUGUAAAUAAAUAUUGAGGACCGCUAAAAAAUAAACUCCUGCGGUGACGUUUGAAGAUAUAAAUGUUACUCAUUUAGCAAUUUACAAACAUAAAAAAACAUGUAACUAUAAAUCAGUUCCUAUAAAUCUCUGUUUGUAAGAUAAUAAAAAAGUGCUUUUAGAGUUAAUGGGAUUUUUUUACAGCAAACCCAUCGAGUUGAGGCUAUCACAAACUGCAGUAAAUUAACCAGACCAAUAUCACAAUCUCGGAUCUGCCAGCUCUCUCGUAUCAAAGACCCAGGGCUCUGGGCAGCAGCAGCAGUACUCCGCGUAGCUCCACGAGCUCUCGUUAUUUUUGGAUUCUCCGCCGAGCGUUCGCUGCCCCGACGCCGGGCGUCCGGACGGCCUCCUCCGCCGGGAGGGCACGACGAGGACACAUGGCCGUGCCGGACGGGGGGCGGCUGUCCAGCUGCUGCCUGCUGCUGCUGUUGGGGAUGAGCGCGUGCCGAGCGCGGGCCCAGGGUGGCGCGGGGGCCUCCUCGGCACGCGGCGGUGCCGGCGCCGGCCGCUCCGUCGGCUCGGCCUCCUCCCCGUCGGGAGGCGUGGACGCCUCGGGCCGGCGCUACCACCGGCUUCAGCACGGCGCGUGCACCUACACCUUCCUGCUGCCCGAGCUAGGGGCGGCGGCGGACGGCUCCGGCUGCAGGGCGGCCCCGGUGGCGGGGGGCGGCCCCCCCUUCCCGUCGCCGCCGCACAGCGGCAACGCCCUGCAGCGCGACGCGCCCCCGCCCCCCGCCGCAGAGCCCGACUGGGCGCUGCAGCGCCUGCAGCAGCUGGAGGUGGCGAUGGAGAACAACACGCACUGGCUGCGCAAGCUGGAGGACUCGGUGAGGGUGGAGGGGGCGACGUCGCAGCAGCAGCAACAGCAGCAGCAACAGCAGCAGCGGCAGCAACAACAGCAGCAGCAGCAACAGCAGCAGCGGCAGCAGCAGCAACAGCAGCAGGAGCACGCGGCCGCCGCCAUGCUGGAGAUGGGCACCAGCCUGCUGAGCCAGACGGCCGAGCAGACGCGCAAGCUCACCCACAUGGAGACACAGGUGCUGAACCAGACGUCGCGGCUGGAGAUCCAGCUGCUGGAGAACUCGCUGUCCACCCACAAGCUGGAGAAGCAGCUGCUGCUGCAGACCCAGGACAUCGGACGCCUCGCGCAGAAGAACAAGGAGCUGGAGGUGCGGCUGUGGGAGCUGGGUGAUAAGCACCACGCGGAGCUGCGCGCUCUGCGGGAGGAGAAGGCCGAGCUGGAGCGACUGGUGGGGAGGCAGAGCCAGGCGGUGGGCGCGCUCGAGCGCCAGCUCGGAGCCGCCACCGCCAACAACUCGAGGCUGCAGCGGCAGCAGCAGGAGCUGACGGAGAGCGUGCGCACCCUGCUCGCCCUGCUGCCGCAGUACGCGCAGGGUCACGUCGUGCCCGCCGCCGUGAGCAAGGAGGAGCGAGUCCCCUUCAAGAGUUGCGCCGACGUGCACGGCGCAGGCCUCACCAAGAGCGGCGUCUACUCCGUGCAGCUCUCCAACUCCUCCGAGCCGACACAGGUGUGGUGUGACAUGGAGACAAGUGGCGGCGGCUGGACCGUGAUCCAGCACCGGAGUGAUGGCAGCCUGGAUUUUCACCGCACCUGGGCAGAGUACAAGCUGGGGUUCGGGGAGCCGGCGGGAGAGCACUGGCUGGGGAACGAGCAGGUACACCAGCUGAGCAGCCAGCAGCCGCACGUGCUGCGCGUGGAGCUGGGCGACUGGGAGGGCCACCACGCCUUCUCCCUCUACGAGCGCUUCUCCGUCGCCUCCGAGAAGCAGCACUACCGGAUCUUCCACAAGGGCUACAUUGGCACGGCCGGGAGGCUAAGCAGCAUCGGGCAGUCGGGCAUCGGGUUUAGCACGAAGGACGUGGACAACGACAACUGCGUCUGCAAGUGCUCUCAGUUCGCCACCGGCGGCUGGUGGUUCGAUGCCUGCGGACCCUCGAACCUCAACGGGAUGUACUACAUGUCGGGGAUGCACACGGGCAAAUUCAACGGCGUCAAGUGGCACUACUGGAAGGGCUCCAGCUACUCCCUGCGCACCACCACCAUGAAGAUCCGCCCCGCCGACUUCCAGCCGUCCUAAGCCCGGCACGAGGCAGCCUCGCACGGCCCUUCCCAUAAAGAGAAUCACCAGUGGCACAAAAGUCGCCGUGACUCAAUAUCCGGCCUCCUCCUCCUCAUCCUCUUCUUCUUCGUGCUUUUGUCGGUCAGCAGUUAAUGGCAGCAACGUCUCAUUGUGACGAAGAGUAAAAAGGAGGUUUUUGUUUCGUUACGGGCGCUUUUACGAACGCUUGCCGCUGUCGUCGCUGUUUUCCUUCGUAGAGAAAACCUGCGUCAGGGCCGUCGCCGGUUCAGUCGGCUCGAGAAUUCUCUCCGAGUUUAAAAUCGGCCACGAGGAACGGGCGGCUCUUGUAAGCCGCUGAGUUGUCGUACGACGCCGAUCUCAUUGGCGCCCACCGCCAACAGGAGGCAGGGGAUGGUUCAGGGCUUGCACGACAUUUGGCUGGAGGGGUAUUUGGCAGCUAACCCCAGGGUGCGUUCACCUAAUCCGGCGGGAGAAGCUUCUCGGCUUCGCGAAGGACCACGCGCUCCACGUCGUCUCCAG